CGCCCCAUCCUGCUGCUGCAGCUGGCCUGGCCGCGACUCUUACGUCCACUACCGUGCAGAGCAUCUACAAAACUAACUUCCAUCACCACAGCGUCAUCAUCUGUUCUCCUCAAUCAGCUUAUUUUCCCACCCACACAUUCUGGACUUCUGGGAUUAACUAGACUAGCUACAAUGACAACAACAACUACAGCAGUUGACGCAAAAGCAUCAUCCCCUGCGGUUAUAUCGGAGGACGGCAGCAGCGUUGUAAUACUGAUGAGAGUAAAUGGCAAGAGACUAACAUUCAACAGGAACUCAUCGGAUACCAUGGAUCAGGUAUUAAGACGUAUGCAAUUGAGUGUGGAAAAGGCGUAUGGGAUUGGUGACAAGCGGAAGUUGAAGAAGAGGAAAGGGCCUCCACCAGUGGACGAGUCGGAGCAUGGCAACAAAGUCCGAAUACAAUGGUCGGAUAAGGAAGGCAAUAAGCUUGCCUCCACGGACUCCUCUGUCAACACGACAACUCUUGCUGAGCUCAGUCGAUCCACGAAGGAGAUCACUGUCAAUGAACACGUCUACUCAGUUUUUCUGAAUCCCCCACUGGUUACAUCUGUUGCCCUAAAGUACUUCGUUUUCGCCGAGUAUCCCAUAAUUCCACUGGUAGAGUGCAGUAACACAACUCCUGAAGAAGUCGUAUACGAAUAUAAAACAACUGAGAGUGAGGAGCUCGUCCAUUCGGGCAGGAUCUUCACGCCUGGGGAAGAGCUCAUAGGAAAGAAGCUGCUGGUCUCAGCCUAUCAUAGCGAUUGUCGAAGUCUCCCCCAAGCUGAAUCUGACCCGAGCCGGCCCGUCCGUCCGUCACCCAGCAAGGGAACGUUCCGUGACAGGCGUCUACCCAAGCCUCUAGGAGUCACACCGCCGAACCAUAUUCGGGUGGCGAGUUUCAACGUCCUCGCCCAGCGUUAUGUUCGGACGCCCUUGGCCACUAAGGUCAUGUAUCGUAACGUGAAGUCCUGUCGAGAGGUGCUCGAAUGGGAGUAUCGAUGCCCGCUGUUGAUGCGUGAGCUGAUGGAUGUGAAGGCUGACGUAUUCGCUUUCCAAGAGGCCGAGCCGAGGUUUGUCGAAACCGUUCGUGAAGUGUUGCCGCAAUACACUGUGAGGUUCGUCGAGAAGAACGGCAACAAGGGAGAGGGUUGCGCUAUUGCAUAUAGACAUGAUCGAUUCGAGAUGUUGGACGAGAUCGCUCUGGACUUGGCAUCUACUGGUGUGAAGGCUCAGCUUAGUGAAGGACAGUUGUCUGAACUUCAGCAUAAGUGGGGUCAAGUGGACAUGUUCGCUGACGUCUUUGAUAACCUCGGCACAGCUGGGCAGGUCCUGGUAUUGCGUGAUCGCCAGGAGAGUGGCAAUGUGUUUGUAAUUGGCAACACUCAUCUCUUCUUUCACCGUAAUGCCACCCACGUGCGGCUUCUGCAGGCCCACCUGCUAGCAAUGGCCGUCAAGCGCGAACUGGACAAAUUCGAAGGGGCCAACGUCUUCAUAUGCGGUGACUUCAACUCCUUCCCCGAUAGUGGAGUGGUAGAGUACCUCAGUUCGGGUGGCUUAGCAAGCAACCAUAAAGACUGGUACUAUGGCCCGCAGUUCAAGUGGGACUCACAAGACUGCGCCGAUGUGGACGAAGCAGUCGAUGAGUCAGCGUAUCAUGAGGUCCUCGUGGACGAACCGGAAUGGGGGGAAGGGGAUGAGCUCUUCGGUUUGGCAGGCGAGGUGAAACGGAUGCAGCCUGAGAAGGUUGAUAUGGACCUUGGCAUCGAACUCCAUCAUGGCAUCAACGGGUUACGGCACACAGAGCUUCCACAGUACACUAACGCUGUAUGCAACUUCAAGGCCGUGUUGGACUACAUAUUCUACACACCUCGUCUCACGCCUGUGUGGAGCUUGCCUGGCCUUACUGAUGAUGAUAUUGAAGCCUGCAAUGGUGGUCUGCCAUACAAAUGCUAUGGCAGUGAUCACGUUAUGAUAGCCACUGAGUUUGCGAUUUCACCCUGA